AGCCAGAGAUUUUAGAGAGAGAAAUAUAUUUUAGAGAGAGAAAUAUAUUUUUAGGAGAGAGAAAUUGUGGAGAGAGAGUACAAAAGGAAUUUUAAAGAGAGUGAAGAAGAGAGAGUGAGAGUCGAAAGGAAGGGAAAAGGCCCACUUCCGCCAAUGAAGGAAAAAGAAAAACUACAGAUAGAAAGUGGAGAUGGCGAUUAGGAUUUGGAGAAGGUUCGGGCAGUUUUGCUCUAUUCCCAGUAAUGGUGUUCUCAGUGGACUCUGCAACAACAAUAACGCGAAUUUCAAGGCUUCCUCUUCUUUUUCCUCUGCAUUUUCGUCAGCUUCUCCUCUUCCUUCUUCUUCUUCUGUGGAUUCAAGAUGUUUAGGCUUUGAUCUUCCUGGCAUGAAAGAGUACAUUGAGUACAGGCGAUCCAUUUAUGGAGACAUAACCCACAAAGCUGUUCUGGUUGAUGCUGUUGGAACACUUGUUGUUCCUUCUCAGCCCAUGGCUCAGAUUUAUAAGACAAUUGGCCAGAAAUAUGGAGUAAAGUAUUCGGAGAAUGAGAUUCUCAACAGGUAUCGGUGGGCAUAUGCACAGCCAUGGGCUCUAUCUCGACUGAGAUAUGUAAAUGAUGGGAGACCAUUUUGGCAAUUCAUAGUCAGCUCUUCUACUGGGUGUGAGGAUUCUCAGUACUUUGAAGAGCUUUAUCAUUACUAUGCCACAGACAAGGCAUGGCACUUGUGUGAUCCCGAAGCUGACAAGGCAUUUCAAGCCCUUAGGAGAGCGGGAGUAAAGGUGGCUGUGGUGUCGAACUUUGAUACUCGCUUGAGGCCUCUUUUGAAAGCUCUGAAGUGUGAUCACUGGUUUGAUGCAGUGGCAGUUUCAGCUGAGGUUGAAGCAGAGAAGCCCAACCCAACAAUUUUCUUGAAGGCCUGUGAGUUGUUGGGAGUAAAACCCGAGGAAGCGGUGCACGUGGGUGAUGACCGAAGGAACGAUCUAUGGGGUGCAAGAGAUGCAGGAUGUGAUGCUUGGCUUUGGGGAAGUGAUGUUCAAUCUUUUAAGGAGGUUGCUGAAAGGAUAGGAGUCAAAGUUUGAGAUGACCAAAGGCCUGUCCUGAGGUUCUGAUGACUGUAUACUUCUUUUCUCUGAAGGUUGACUCAAACCCUAUUUCCUUGUAUUCCUUCUGUUUACAAAAGUUGAAAGUGUAGAGGCAAACUGAUGUAAUGAUUCAGAACAAUAAUAUGAAGCGGCGUACAGGCUCCCGGUCUCUGUUUCUGGGUGAUUCGCCAAUUGCUAUUGUUUGAUGUUGGA